ACCAUUUAAUGGAUAAAGUGGCUUCAGAAAAUGGAUGGAUGGAUGUAACCAGAUUGAUCUCCAAAUCUGUAGUAAUAUUGCCAAGUGUUUGAUAAAAUGCAAUGUAAGAGAAAAGCUUCACGAUACAGAAAACGUCCACACUUCAGAAUCUAUACGUCAUAUUCGUAUUGCAUUUAUGCAUUUGGACAUAUAUAAAGGAUUUGACGAUCCUAUAGCAGCCAAGCGCCGAGAAAAUCCACCCGCGAUUGAGAGCUCUCGGAUUAAAUGCAGUUUAAGACAUCAGAGCUGUUGACAUUUCAGUACCUUGGAGAGCUCCCGGACUCCGAGGCACAUGCGUAAUAAGGCUGCCCGUGAGGUGACCGAGAUAAAACAGACACGGCGGAGCUCCUCUUCACAGACACCAACUUCUUUAGUCAGCAGUAGGCAACCGGUGAAGAAGCGGUGCACACGGCGAACAAACUUAUAAACGAAAAGCGACAUUUUGAGAGACAUAAGACGACGAAGCAGAUGGAUUAGUGUGUGGAGCGCGGUAUACGCAAAAGUAUCGGAAGGCUUGUUCUUGCGCUUUAAAAAAAAAUCUACAAUGAAGAAAUGCAGCGAAUACAAAGAAACGACUGUGCCUGGGGAUUUUAAAUUAAAUGCACUGACUGACAGAGGCAAAAACUGAAAGCAGAUUUAACUCAACGAAAUAAAUCGCACAGGAUUUGAAACAGAGGAUUCUUUAAACAUUGGUCACAAGAAUAAAGUUGCACUUAAGCAAUGUUCGAAUUCAGAUCCUUAUUAAACAUGUAUCCAGGAGUGAACUGAAGAUCUUAUCGUCUGGCAGCCUCUGGGUCAGAGUGACAGAAACAUGGGAUGGCUGUCUCUUCCAAUCACAGCAAUGACUCUUUCGCUUCAGCGGUACAAGAAGCAUCCGAACGUGAUUUCUUGGCUUUUUUACCCGGGUCGCCCUAUGACAGAAAUGCAAUGUUUAACAGAACGAAUCAAUCUUGGGGCGACCUUCUGAAAUAUCUGGAUCUGGAAAAGCCCGACUUUAUGGGCGAUGGUUCGGCAAUUGUAAGAAUAAUCAUUUCUGUGGUGUACUCUGUCGUGUGCGCUUUAGGACUUGUGGGUAACAUACUAGUCUUGUACCUGAUGAAAUCCAAACAGGGAUGGAAAAAAUCUUCUAUUAACCUGUUCGUUACCAGCCUGGCUGUGACAGACUUUCAGUUCGUGCUGACCUUGCCAUUCUGGGCGGUGGAGAAUGCUUUGGAUUUCACCUGGCUGUUCGGCAAAGCCAUGUGUAAGAUCGUGUCCUAUGUGACGGCUAUGAAUAUGUACGCCAGUGUGUUCUUCUUGACCGCUAUGAGUGUGGCCAGGUAUUGGUCAGUCGCGUCUGCGCUGAAAACAAAGCGAAGACCCCGUGGCUGUUCUGCCAAGUGGAUGAGCGUCCUGAUCUGGGUAUCCGCGGUUCUCGCUGCCCUGCCACACGCAAUUUUUUCCACGACGUCUAAAGUGUCGAAUGAAGAACUGUGCUUGGUCAAGUUCCCCGAUCGGAAUGGCGAUGUGCAGUUUUGGCUGGGGCUUUACCACACUCAGAAAGUACUGCUGGGCUUUGUGAUCCCUUUAGUGAUCAUCACGGUGUGUUACCUUCUCCUUCUGCGCUUUAUCACAAACACGAACGUUAACACGUCCAGUACCAAAAGAAGAUCCAAAGUGACCAAAUCGGUGACAAUUGUCGUCCUCUCCUUUUUUCUUUGCUGGCUGCCUAACCAGGCGUUGACUGCAUGGGGCAUCCUCGUCAAGCUAAAUGUUGUCCAUUUCAGCUACGAAUACUACACCACCCAGGCUUAUAUUUUUCCAAUAACGGUAUGUUUAGCUCACUCCAAUAGCUGCCUAAAUCCCAUUUUGUAUUGUUUAAUGAGACGAGAGUUUCGAAAGGCGUUAACCAAUCUCUUCUGGAAGAUUACCUCGCCAUCUGUCACUAAUAUGCGCCCUUUUACCGCAACGACCAAGCCGGAAAAUGACUACCACGGUAAUGCUGUGGUCCCGUUAACCCCCGUGGAUCCCGGUUUAGUGUUUUACCCACCUGGUGUGGUCCUGUAUAACGGAAGAUAUGACCUCUUGCCCAACUCGUCAGCAGAGCAGCGCUACUAACUUUAUCGAAGUUUGUCUUGGCGACACAGAAUCGACUUGAGCGACCCCACCGGGGAUGUGCAAUCAGAAGUGCGUAAGCCGCAGAAUGAAGUGGAAGGAAGAGAGUCGAUGGAGGACAGGUACGAGAACAGAAUGAAAGGGAAAAAAAGAAAAAGACUGGAGCGGAUCGGUCUUCGGUAGCCUCCGCUCACACUUUGAGACUUAUGACGGGUACCGUGGAGAAGAGAAGCGAGACUUUACCUACCACCAGGGCUUCUUUGUUAAAAACAUUGCUUUAUAAAAUAAAGCGCCGAUUUGUCACUUUAUUUCCAAUGAGAAUAAACAUCAACAUCAGUAA